GGGCAGUUUAAUUAUUUAAAUGUUUAUUUUAUCCUGCACUGAAGUAAUUACCAAUGCAAUGUUUAAUGACAGGACAAAUAAAGCCGUAGCUACACCCCCAUAAAAAGGAUAUUUGGACUGUCCAACCCGCUACAGAGUUCACAAUCCUAUCGAUAUUUGUUUAGCGACUGGUCCGUGCAGUAGAUAGUAUCAACGGGCAGAACUGGAGCCCUUAACAUCAUGAGCUCACCUGGCCAGGUGAACCAGGGUCUUCUGGCGGCCCUCCGAGUCUUAAGAGAAGCCCUUAAGGAGGAGAAACUGGUCCUGUUCCUCGGAGAAAAGAUUUCGGCUCUGCCACAACCGGCGACGCUCGGUGACUGGUGGACAAGCGUUCAGGAUGAAUCCGACGUAAACCCGGAAAAACUGAAGAAACUAGAAGAAGACUACCUUCAGCGACUAGAGGACCGGCCGUCACUGCCUCAUGUCGCGCUGAGGACCCUGGGAAGGUUUCCUCUGAUCCUGACCACCAACAUGGACUGUCUGGUGGAGCGGCUGGUCUGGGCACCGCAAGGCAUUGUGGGGGAAGCGCUCAGGAUAGACCAGUUGAACCUGUUGGCUUCAGCAUGGCCGAAUUUGCACCAUGACGUCAUCGUUAAGUGUUUCGGGGAUUCCAGUCUUCACGCAAGGGCAACGGUGGCGACCAAACAGCGGAUGGAAGAGCUGUGCAGGUCUGAUGGGGAGGAAGCCCGGUUCUUCGAACAGCUGUUUAACGAGCGCUCCGUCCUGUUCCUCGGCUGCGACCCUGACCAGCCCCUGUACAGCAGCGCCCUCCAGCGGUUUGCUGAAAACUCCAAGACAAGACAUUUUGUAGUAGUGCCUGCCCGGCAGCGUGGUGUGGAGGAGCGGGGAAGCCUGUCUGUUCUGCACGUGGAACUGGACCUCCCGUCUCUGGCCCAGCUCCUCAACCCGAGCGCCAAACCUCUGCUGCCACCCACCGACAUGACCGUACCAAAGACUACUAAGGCAAACACAGAUGUGAAACAGGGAGGGGACAAUACUCCUGGAUGUGACGUCAUCCAACUACUCUGUCUCGGAACCGGCAAGGGUACUACAGCCGUUCUGACGGGAGAACCCAGCUCCUCUAUGGUGGUUCUGCACAACUCCAGACCUGUACUGCUGGUGGACGUGGGGCUGGGAGUCACUCAGUCCCUUCUGCACUCCGUAGCUCCUGAGAAGUUCCCAGACGCGAUGUUCGUGACGCACAACCACAGUGACCACGCGGGAGAGCUGCCCCUGGUGCUGGGAGGAACCGCCCAGCGGCGUCUGCUGGCCGGCAAGCCGAGAGUCAAGCUCCUCUGCGGACCGAAGGUUCUGGAACCCCUCAAAAUCCAUCGUUUGAGCGAGAUGGCAUAUCAGAUGAAACCUGAUGACAUUGCUGAUUGGCUGAUCUGUGACCCCGAGGGUGACCCCAUCUAUCUUGAUGACGUCAAGAAUUUCAAACUCCAGGCAGUCGAGAGCCAGCACGACAUACCAUGCUACGGAUUUUUGCUUUAUUACAAGGACGAACUGAUCCUGGGGUUCUCGGGUGAUUCCGGGUUCAACCCGGAGUUGUACGACAAGAUCUUCUCGGCGCCGACCGUGGUCGUGGACGGCCGGACCCCGUCUUCACAGUGGCACGCAUCGUUUGAUGAGAUUUCAGCCUACUCGAAAAGCCGCGAGAAAAAGCCCAGAGCUGUGUAUGUGACAGGGUACGGCACUGCAGCUGAGUACACGACAGACGACAGCGCCAUCACGCGGUUUGAAAGGGGACUGCACUAUACACUGUGGUCGGGAGAAAAUAAAUGUCCCGAACUGACGAGUGAAGGGACCAAUUAGGUGUUUUCUAUGCAUACGAUGGUGAAUCUACUACCUUUUUCAAGAGUUGCCGAUUCUAAUUGCCUACUUCAUACUAGGCUGAAAUAUUAUACUUGAUUGUAUCACGGAGGUUAAAUACAACCUCCUUGAUUGUAUAUGGAAUGCUAAUAAGUUUAUGUUGCAUAUCAAUUAUUUUCACCAAAAGGGUAUGGGAUAUUACAUGUACAAAUGUAUCUCCAAGCAGAUCUUUUGGUGGCUUCAAAGACAGAAUCAAAAAUGGUUAGGCAGUGUCCAUUGGCCAGUUACCA